UCCCCCCGCGGCCCCCCGCCCCCGCCCCACCGGCACCGUGCGACAUGGCAGGGGUGGCAGGAGGUGGAGGCGGCAGCAACGACUUCCAGUGGUGCUUCUCCCAGGUGAAGGGGGCUAUCGACGAGGACGUGGCGGAAGCUGAUAUUAUUUCAACAGUUGAAUUUAAUUACUCUGGUGAUCUUCUUGCAACAGGAGACAAAGGUGGCAGAGUGGUUAUAUUUCAAAGGGAACAAGAGAAUAAAAGCCGUCCUCAUUCUAGGGGAGAAUAUAAUGUUUACAGUACCUUUCAGAGUCAUGAACCUGAGUUUGACUACUUGAAAAGUCUAGAAAUUGAGGAAAAAAUUAAUAAAAUUAGGUGGUUACCACAACAGAAUGCUGCUCAUUUCCUGCUGUCUACAAAUGAUAAAACUAUUAAAUUAUGGAAAAUAAGUGAAAGGGAUAAAAGAGCCGAAGGUUAUAAUUUAAAAGAUGAAGAUGGAAGACUUAGGGAUCCUUUCAGAAUCACAGCACUACGGGUGCCAAUAUUGAAACCCAUGGACCUAAUGGUAGAAGCAAGUCCCAGAAGGAUAUUUGCAAAUGCACAUACUUAUCACAUAAACUCUAUUUCAGUAAAUAGUGAUCAUGAAACGUACCUUUCUGCAGAUGACCUAAGAAUUAACCUAUGGCAUUUAGAAAUCACAGAUAGAAGUUUUAAUAUUGUAGAUAUUAAGCCUGCUAACAUGGAGGAGCUGACAGAAGUGAUUACUGCUGCAGAGUUCCACCCUCAUCACUGUAAUGUGUUUGUCUACAGUAGUAGCAAAGGAACUAUUCGACUCUGUGACAUGCGUUCUUCAGCCCUCUGUGAUAGGCAUUCAAAAUUUUUUGAAGAACCUGAAGAUCCUAGCAGCAGAUCAUUUUUUUCAGAAAUAAUAUCAUCGAUAUCUGAUGUAAAAUUCAGUCACAGUGGUCGAUACAUGAUGACAAGAGACUACCUUUCUGUUAAAGUGUGGGAUCUCAAUAUGGAAAACAGGCCUGUAGAGACAUAUCAAGUUCAUGAGUAUCUUCGAAGCAAGCUUUGUUCCCUUUACGAAAAUGACUGCAUCUUUGACAAAUUUGAAUGCUGCUGGAACGGUUCUGAUAGUGCUAUCAUGACUGGAUCUUACAACAAUUUCUUCAGAAUGUUUGACCGAAACACACGACGGGAUAUCACUCUAGAAGCAUCCAGGGAGAGCAGCAAACCUCGUGCCAUCUUAAAGCCGCGUAAAGUGUGUACGGGUGGUAAAAGAAAGAAGGAUGAAAUAAGCGUUGACAGUCUGGACUUCAACAAGAAGAUCCUUCAUACGGCAUGGCAUCCCAUGGAGAACAUCAUUGCUGUAGCUGCCACCAAUAAUUUGUAUAUAUUCCAGGACAAAAUUAACUAAAGAUGACUUACUUGAGGACAGAGUCGUCGUCUUGCAUAGUUAAGCUCAGUUGUUUAUCUGUAAAAGAGAAGGCCUUGUUGUCCUACCAGUGAAGAACAUUGAUGCACUUAUUUCCCUUUAGAUAAAGGCGAGGAUCUGGCCUGGUUUUUGAGUUCACGGUGUAGUUCUGCCUUCCGUGGGGGUAGGGAGCGUCAGUCGCAAUUUUCUGGGAGAAACCCCCUGGAGGCAGAAUUGAUGGACAGUGCUCAAUAAGGCCAAUACUCAAAACAAAUGUAUUUAUUUAAGUCUGAGCCUUCCUUUCCAGUUUAUAGACCAAAAAUUUAACACCCAAGAAGAAAAAUUGUCAUAAAAAUGUAAUUUCUAUCUCUCGCGCUCUUUCUCUGCUGUAAUAUUUGGGCCUUUCAAAACAUAUAUUGUGCUUAAUGCCUGUAAACAUUCCUCCUCUGGCCUGUAUCUAGGCUUAGGUGUUUUUACCUUUGAGCACUUAGGUAGGUCUUGAGUUGGGUUCGUAGACAGGUUUCCAUGAAUAUUUACUCACCAACUGUAUCUAUAACCACACCUUCUGGUGUAAACCACUUAAUAAAAUAACAAACUAUAAAAAGUGUUUUUAAAUCUGAAGGUAUGUAUUCAGUCUUUUUAUUUUUUUAUUGCAUGUACCAAGAUUGUGCAAAAUAAUUCUGAUGGGCAGAUUUGACAGUGUUU